AUGGCAGGUAACAUGGAUUUAAAGAUGAAAGGUCACAUGAAAGAGGAUGAAGGGGAAACGUUGAAGGAGGCUUACGAGAGGGGCAUGUUCGAAAAUCGAGACCAUGAGCGUUAUCGCGCUAUUCUCUUGAUGUACCAUGAUCAGAAUAAAGCCAUUGAAGCAAGGCAUCAGGAGGAGCUCAAUAAGGUUUGCAUUGCUGCGAAACUGGAGUACCUCAAAGAAUGCAAAUUUAUUUUUUACAUGUACCAUGAAAAGAAGAUGGCAGAGUUUGAGCUGGUCCUUGCCGAAUCCAAGCUUGAAGAUGUUAAGGUCCCUACUAUCGAUUGGUUCAAGUUGGGUGAGCCAAUGAUGUAUGACUGA